UCAUUCCUGGAAGCUUUGUGGGUAGAUGUGCAUCUUUCACAUCUUAAAGACUCGCAGACACUGAGCUGGACAAAGAUCCCAACCCUGAAGAACUCCAGAAUCCAGGUUGCUGAAUCUUCCCUGCUGCCUAGAGAGAUUCCAUAUCACCUCUUGACAAUGGGAAACUGGGUGAUUAACCAGUGGCUCUCAGUUUUGAUUCUGGCUAUUUGGUUGGGGCUGAAUGUUUUCCUGUUUGUGCACACUUUCCUGGUGUAUGAGAAGGGUAUCAAGUACUUCUACACAAGAGAAAUCCUGGGGUCAGCGUUGGCCUGGGCCCGAGCCUCUGCUCGCUGCCUGAAUUUUAACAGCAUGCUGAUCCUGAUUCCCGUGUGUCGAAAUCUGCUGUCCUUCCUGAGGGGCACCUGCUCAUUUUGCAGGCGCACCCCGAGAAAGCAACUGGAUCACAACCUCACCUUCCACAAGCUGGUGGCAUAUAUGAUCUGCCUACACACAGCUAUUCACAUCAUUGCACACCUGUUUAACUUGGAACGAUACAGCAGAAGCCGACAGGCCACAGAUGGAUCUCUUGCUUCCGUUCUCUCCAGCCUAUCUCAUCAAGAGAAAGAGGGGAAUUCUUGGUUAAAUCCCAUCCAGUCCCCAAACAUGACAGUGGAGUAUGUGACAUUCACCAGCAUUGCUGGUCUCACUGGAGUGAUCAUCACAAUAGCUCUGGUUCUCAUGGUGACUUCAGCUAUGGAGUUUAUCCGGAGGAGUUAUUUUGAGGUCUUCUGGUAUACACACCAUUUAUUUGUCAUCUACUUCAUCGGCUUAGGUAUUCAUGGCAUUGGUGGAAUUGUUCGGGGUCAAACAGAAGAGAGCAUGGAGGAGAGUCAUCCUCACAGGUGUGCAGAGUCUUUCGAGAAGUGGGAUGAUCGUGACUCCCACUGCAAGCGUCCCCAAUUUGAAGGGCACCCUGCUGAGUCUUGGAAGUGGAUCCUUGCACCAGUUGUUUUUUAUAUCUUUGAAAGGAUCCUCCGAAUUUAUCGCUCCCAGCAGAAGGUUGAGAUUAUCAAGGUUGUCAUGCACCCAUCCAAAGUUUUGGAAUUGCAGAUGAACAAGAGUGGCUUCAGCAUGGAAGUGGGACAGUAUAUUUUUGUUAAUUGCCCCUCAAUUUCUUACCUGGAGUGGCAUCCCUUUACCCUGACUUCUGCUCCAGAGGAAGACUUCUUCUCCAUUCAUAUUCGAGCAGUGGGGGACUGGACAGAAAAUCUCAUAAGGGCUUUUGAACAACAGCAUUCACCAUUUCCCAGGAUUAAGGUGGAUGGUCCCUUUGGCACUGUCAGUGAGGAUGUUUUCCAGUAUGAAGUGGCUAUGUUGGUCGGAGCAGGAAUUGGGGUCACCCCUUUUGCUUCCAUUUUGAAGUCCAUCUGGUACAAAUUCCGGCGGGCUGAUCACAACCUCAAAACACAAACGAUCUAUUUCUACUGGAUCUGCAGGGAGACAGGUGCCUUUGCCUGGUUCAAUGACCUAUUGGCUUCCCUGGAACAGGAGAUGGAGGAAUUAGGCAAAGUGGGUUUUCUAAACUACCGUCUCUUCCUCACCGGAUGGAACAGCAACAUUGCUGGUCAUGCAGCAUUGAACUUUGACAAGGCCACUGACAUCCUGACUGGUCUGAAACAGAAAACCUUCUUUGGGAGACCCAUGUGGGACAAUGAGUUUUCUAGAAUAGCUACCACCCAUCCCAAGUCUGUGGUGGGAGUUUUCUUAUGUGGUCCUCAGACUUUGGCAAAGAGCCUGUGCAAACGCUGUCACCAAUACUCCAGUGUGGAUCCUAGGAAGGUUCAAUUCUACUUCAACAAAGAAAAUUUCUGAAUUACAGGAAUAAGGACGGUAAUCUGCAUUUAGUCUCUCCUUUGUAUCUUCAACAACUUACUUGGUCUGGUCAGCUUUGGGCAGCUGCCACUGAAGGAUAAUAAUGUGCCUCUCAAGCCUUGACUCCCUGGCAUUCUUUUUAAAUUGGAUUCAACUUCGUUGUCACUGAGCUUUCACGAACCCACGCACUUCAGGAGUCAUGAUACUCUCAAAGCCCAUGGAUCCUUUCUUGGGAAAAGAACUGUAAAUCCUUUUGGAAUGCCAUGACUGCAGCAAGGCCUGAUAGCAGACGUGGCUGACAAUUAUACAACUUAAGCCCAGGUGAUUUUGUUGAUUCCAAGUGUUACCAUCUCCUGGACUUUGGGUCAUAAUCUCCCCUCCUACCCACAAAGAAGAUUUCUAAGUAGGAUGGUUUUUUAAAUAAAAAUUUAUUGAAGAAUUAAUGACAAAACAUAAUAAGCAUAAAUAAUAAAACAACGAACAUAAAAUUACCAAGAACCCCAUCCCUAUAUAACACUAUGUACAUUCGUACUGUUAUUUUAAACAUGGUCUUAUCCAGUGUGAACAGCAAUUUAUGCUUUACUUAUUUUUGCUUGUCAAAAAAUGAAGGAUUUUCUUCUUUGCUUAACAAAUGAUUUGUUAUUUUAUCUGGGUUCUCCAUUUGGGAAAGAAAAUCUUGCAAAUGUGUUAAUCGUAAUUGAAAUUAUUAGAAUUGAAAGCUAUAUUGUCAUUAGUUUGCAUUGUUCUGUUAAAAAUAAUUGUGAAAACUCGAACUCCAUCUUAGGAUGACUUAGUCAGUCAACAGGGGUUCUUUAUUGCCAUUUUUAUUAAGGGAGUUUAUUAACAUCCAGUUUUAAAAAAAGAUAAUUUAGAAUUUUGAUAACAUUUUUUGGGCUCCUACCUACCUAGUCACUAAGGAAUCAUUACCUAAUGACAUAGGCAAAAUGCCUUUUCUUUCUCCUAUCAAAAUGCUUUUUAUUUCUCCCAUACACUCGGCUCUGGGAUAUUAGUAGUCACAGUGAAUCAGUAGGAGGAAAGAAGACUGAGGCCCUUAAAAGAAGGAAAAAACACACUUCAUUGUGCCCAAAGACAAUUCAACUCAUUAUAAAUUUAUAAGAAUGUUUCUACUGGAUUAGCAUUAUAGCACCUAUUUCUCUACCAUUAAGUAAGUGACCAAGAUUGAAUAAAUGGUUGUUUCUAAUUAUCCAGAAACCUAUAUGACUUGAA